GGUAAUGCACCGAAAGGAAUUACUACUGUUAAAUACACGUGUUUAUGUAAUAAAUUUAAAAGAUGGAUAAAAUAUUCUCUUAGUAUUUAUUUCAGUAUAGUAGCUUUGUAGUUAUUCUUUAAAAUCAUUCUUCAGUAUGAAAAUAACUUCAAUUUGCGAACGUGAUUUUGUUGUGAAUUGUGUUACAAGAAAAAGUAAACGAUUAGAUGGAAGGGAUUUAUCUCAAGGACGUAAUUUGGAAAUAACAUUCGGCCAGGAAAGAGGUUGUUGCCUUGUAAUGCAAGGUAACACUCGUGCCCUGGCUCAGGUAUCUUCUGAGGUUACAGAACCGAAACCUGCAACACCUACAGAAGGUGCUCUGUACAUAAACUUAGAAUUCUCUGCCAUGGCUUCUCCCGAAGCUAAAUCUCUAAUGAGAACUUCCGAUGAAGCAGUUGAAUAUCAGAGAUCUCUGGAAAGAUGUGUGCGAGAUAGUAAAUGUAUUGACUUGGAAUCUUUAUGCAUUGUAGCAGGAAUGAAAGUGUGGACAAUUCGAGUAGAUAUUCACACUCUCAAUGACGAUGGAAAUUUGAUAGAAUGUGCCAGUAUUGCAGCUGUUUCUGCUCUUGCUCACUUCAGGCGUCCAGAUAUCACUGUAGUGGGUACAGAAGUGACUGUCCAUUCACCUGAAGAUAGAGAGCCUGUACCUCUUAAUUUACACCAUAUGCCUAUUACUGUAAACUUAGCUUUAUUUAAUCAAGGUGAAUAUAUCCUUAUUGAUCCAACAGAAAUUGAAGAAAAGGUCUGUGAUGGCUGCUAUAUCAUAGGCAUGAAUGCACACCAGGAAAUAUGUUUUAUACAUCGGCGUGGUGUUUUAUUAUUACAGGAAGAUGUUCUGCAGAGGUGUGAGAAUGCUGCUGUUCAGAGGGCACAGGCAGUUACUCAGAUUAUUAGAGGAGCUUUGGAUGAUGAUGCUUACAAAAGGGCUACAAAUGCAGCAGUUGGGCUUGUAAAUAUGUUGCAGACUGGAACUAUUUUGGGUGCAAAAUGUCCUCUUCCCGAGUUUGAUUUAAAUGCUCUUAGUAAACAUAAAGAUGUUGAGUUGCCUCCUGCAGAACCUCAAGUUAUUACUGUACAAGAUAAUGAUACAAUGCCAGUUAUAAUGUCAGAGAUUAAAACUUCUGAUGUUAAGGAACGUGCUUUGCGCAUUUUGAAUAAACCUGAAAUGGCAGUUUUUGAAGGUGGAGUUAGUAAGUGGGGUGUAGAGCCAGAAGUUGAAUCAUCAGAUGAAAAUGAAUCACAGAACGAAGGAACAUCAGUGAAAGGAAAUAGACAAGGCUCUAUGAAAGAGGAAAUAGAAUUUGAUAGUGAAGAAGAAACAGUGUUCAUUAAUGAAGAUCAAGUUGAUGUAAAAACCAAAUCACGGGGAUGGUAUUCAAGUGAUCCAUUUGCCUAAGUGUUCUUUGCAGUAAUAAUCAUUGUAAAUAAAUAGUGUAUGAUGAAUAUGUUUCUCUUUUAAUAAAGAUUACAUUUAAAAGGAAGAAAA